AUGGGGGUAGAAGAAUGCUCAUAUGCGGAAUCUACUAGAGUUUUGCACAGGCAGAAACGUUCACAAGACCUGGCUGCAAAGACCCAAACGGAUGGGAAACCAUCAAGUCCUUUCAGGCAUCUGGACAAUAAAAUAUUUCUUUAUAGAGAUAUAGAGUGUACAGAAAAAGAAAAGGUCAGGUCAAAUCAGCAUUCUUUGAAGGUGUAUGAAAAGAGUACCAUUUCAUCAAGAGCAAGGGCUCGAAAAGCUAUACGACAGCUGGAGGGUGCUAUUGAAAGAGAAACAGAAAAAGACACUCCCAGUUUGAACUGGGCUCUUGCUUUUGCAAAAUGUUGCCAAAGUGACAAGCAGUCUAUAUUAGAUUACAUCAAUGAACAAAAGAUGCUCUUUCUGUUGGAGUACAGAGUAAAAGUGAAACAGUCCACUAUGACAAAGCUGGAGAAACUGGCUGCAAAGGAAGAACGAAGGGCCAAAAUUGCUGAAACAAAACUGGAAGAAGAUACACUUGCAUUUGAGGAGUUUCUCAGAGACAAUGAUAGAAGUUCUGUGGAUGCCCUUAAAUUAGCAACUCAAGAAGCAAAAUCUAAAUUAGAACUGACAGCUGAAGUGAAUGCAGCAAUGAAUGAGGUGUUCACAAUUAAAAGUGAGAUUACAGACACCGAAGAUAUUCUGAGGCGGUAUUUAUCUUAUGAAAAAUUUUUGAUGAGAGUUUCUCCUAAAGAGUGGCAAGAAAAGCAACUGGAAAAAAGAGGGAAAUGGAAAGCAGAGAAGAGAAGAAUAUCAAAACCUGAAAAACCUAGUUUAAAAUCACAGCCUUCUGCUAUAUUCAGCUGCAAAUUGAGCAAAAACAUACCUUCUCCACAUGGAAAGAACGUUUUAAGUGGGAAAUCAUCAUCAUUCUUUAUUCCUGGUCCGGAUGCAAAAAAGAAAUUCUCAAUAAGCUCAGAGGUAGAAAUAGCCCAGACCAGCAGGAAGCUGGUUGAAGCUUGGAAGGUGUUUGUUUUAUUGUGUUCGUUCUAUGCCUUCUGGCUCUGGAGUUCAAGCUAUACAAGUGAAAAAACCACUUCUUCAGAUGACGAGUUUUCUUUGGAAGACAUACCAAGUGAUGUGGAGCCAGAGAUAUAUUUUAAAGACCCAAAAGAGUUACUUCAGAUGUUCACAUUUCUUGAGGAACAAAACCUUUCACUAUUUCAAAACAUUCAGGACUUAGCUGCAAUGCUGGAAGAUUGUCAGCAGAAGGAAAAAAUUGUUAGAGAGCAAAUGGAACAAAAAGUUAAAAGCCUAGUAGACGAAAAAGAAGCUGUUAUAGCUGCUUCCAUGAAAGAAAAGGAAAAAUGCAAUGAACUAGCAUUAAAAGCCGAGAUAUUCUCUGCAGGACAGUAUAAUCCAGCAACCAUGGAUAAAAUUCUGGAUACGCUUAAUAGAAAAGUGGCAGAAGUAUACAAAGCUUGUGGUGAAGAAACUGAAGUAUCCAGUCUGACUACCUUUCAAAUGUUGAAAGAAAUAGAAAUCAGAGUUUCGCAACUGUGUGAGAUGUUGGAAGCAAUUCCAAAUGAAUAUCUUGAUGUUUUUGAAGCCAAUGAAAAACUUAGGGUGAAAGAAAGACGACAAAGGUUACGUGAAGAGAAAUUGAAAGAUCUGAAGACAGCCCAAGAGCGAAGAGCGAAGCUUGCUCUGAAAAGGGCAAUUGCAGCACCAAAGAAAAGGGUGGGUAGAAAACUGGUGUAUCGCUCACAACCUCCAGAGACUAAACAUGGAAAGGAACAAGUUGUAAAAGACACUACAAGAAUUGAAGAAGACUACUAUUUCAGCUGA